AUGGAUGUUAUGAAGUUUGAACUUAGAGGUGUGAAGAAGUUGAUUUCUAAGUCCAAUUUCUGCAAGUUGUUAGGGCUAUCUAAUGCUAAAGAUCUUAUUGCUCCAGACAAAAUCUCUGCAUCAAUUAUCAUUCAAGUUUAUCAUCAAAUGGGGGUUCCUGUUGAUCAUCCUAUCAUUAUGGAAUGCUUUGCAACUUUAAUUUCUAGUGUAGGUGGUGAUUCGGAAGAAGAAAUCCAUGAAGACAAAAUUCCAAGGAAUAAAGUCAAACAUUCUAAGAGAAAUUGGAAAACUCUUGUGUUCAAGACAUAUAAGAAGCAUAAGAGGGCAAGCACUAAACUUAUUCUUGAAAUCAAUUCUGAGAACAUUAAGGUGAAAUCAAUAUCUAUUUCGGAUCCAAUUCAUAUUCCCAUUGUCUCUUCGCAUUUAGAGACUAAAGUCGACAUUUGCAAUCAGGUGGUUAAUAAUCCUUUUCUUAAACAUUCCCAAACACCUCCCACUCCACCCAUUGUUUUUGAAAUCUUUAUAUCCUCACCAAUUCCGUCAAGUCAAUUUUUUUAUGUUGUUUCUCAUUCUUCAACGAAACCUUUUGAGAUUCCAAUUUUUACUGUGGCAACUGUUACUUCUGUCUUUCAAAGCACAUCUCGUAUAGAACCUCCACCACUGACUUCUACUUUUGAAUCCUAUAAGAAAGAGAAUAAAACCUCAUGUAUCCCUGGUAACACAUCUGAUGUAGGGCCAAAUGGCAAUAUUGGUGAAAACUUGUCUCAAUCGCAUGUAUAUACACUAGAAAUUACCUUUACUCCACUUGUUCUAGAUGAUAGUGAAGAAGAAAUUCAAUGA